CACUCUAUAAACCCUAUUAGAAAAGCAGAUUCAGAAGAAAAAAUUCACCAGAUUUCUCUUCGAUUCAUCUUCUUUGGCUGUUCUCGAACAGUGAUGGCUGAGAGAGUGAUGGAAUCAGGGUCUAAUGGUGGAGAUGCUGAGAAGUCUCUGAAAGAUAAAGGGAACGAGUUUUUCAAAGCUGGGAACUAUCUUAAAGCCGCAGCUCUCUACACUCAGGCCAUCAAGCUCGAUCCUUCUAACGCUACUCUUUACAGUAACCGAGCUGCUGCCUUCUUGAGUCUAGUUAAGCUUAGCAAAGCCUUGGCUGAUGCAGAGACAACCAUCAAACUCAACCCUCAAUGGGAGAAGGGCUACUUCAGGAAAGGCUCUGUGCUUGAAGCCAUGGAGAAAUAUGAUGAUGCCUUGGCUGCGUUUGAAAUGGCUCUACAGUACAACCCACAGAGCGCAGAAGUUUCAAGGAAGAUCAAGAGGCUUGGUCAGCUGCAGAAGGAGAAACAGAGAGCUCAAGAACUCGAGAGUUUGAGGUCUAAUGUCAACAUGGCCAAGCAUCUUGACAGCUUUAAAUCUGAAUUGUCUGCAAAUUAUGGAGCUGAAGAGGGUUGGAAAGAGAUGUUCUCUUUUCUUGUUGAGACCAUGGAAACAGCUGUCAAGUCGUGGCACGAGACAUCUAAAGUGGAUACCAGAGUCUAUUUCCUUCUUGACAAAGAGAAAACACAAACCGAUAAGUUCGCACCAGCAGUCAACAUUGAUAAGGCUUUUGAGUCACCACACACACACAGUAACUGCUUUACGUAUCUGAGGCAAUACGCUGAAGAGUCCUUUUCCAAAGCUGCUUGCUUAGUGACAUCAAAAAGUAGCAUAUCCUACCCACAGGUGUGGAAAGGUCAAGGCUCAAGGAAGUGGAAGCUCGGACAAAACGAUGGAAUCUUUGUUCAGUUUGAAUCUCCGUCUAUUCGAAAUGUUUGGUUCAUUCCUAGCUCGAAAGAAAAGGGGCAAACGUUAUGCAGGGAUCCUCAAGCUCUAGAUAUCGGUGCACAUGAGAUUCUCCCUCGCAUCUUCAAGGAAGUAUCGAAGAGCUCGUAGUGCAUUGUUUUAUUGCAGUUUGAUUCUCUACUCUCUAUCCAGUUUUUGAUCAAUACUGAAGAAAAAAAAGGAGUUUCUCGUGUGUUUGUGCUACUCAGACAACCCACCCACCUGUGUUGUUUCUUGUUUAAGAGCUUUUUGUUUUAUGUCUUCAAGUGUGAAAAUCCAAUGUUAACGUCCAAUAUUCAUCAUUGACAUCAACACAACCGUAUGGUUUGUUAAGUCUUAGGUAGAAAUGCUUGAUUCUUGUGAAA